GAGUUUCAUCCCGCUUUGAAUCCGAUCAUUUGUUAUAUCCCGACAGUGAGCUAUACAUAUAAGACAGUCGCACGGACUUGCAGCGCUCACAACUCCGGAAUCCUCGUCACUCUGCAGCUGGUCAUGCAAACCCAGGCGACUAAGCGAACCUCGCAGAAACAAGUGCCUUCAUUUGAAAUCGGCUCAAAGACGCCUCCAGGUUCACUCGUGUCUAUUACACAAGUGAAGGGGCACCUCCGUCUCCUCAGAGCGUUCCAUAAUCUGAGGGUUAUAGUAGAAGAAUGUAAGGACCGCAGGAUUCCUGCCUUUGCAGCACAAAUGGAUAAAGAUAGCCGCUGGGUAUGGUUUAUCACACUGGCUAUCGACAGAUUUGAGCGAUGGGUCAAAUCCCUGGAGUGCGUACCUCUUGAGAAGUUCAUCAGUAAACAGUUUCCACCUAUUGACGUGUGGAUGGUUUGGCAUGCCUAUCUAUUGAAUCCAUGUUGGUACGAAGAAGACUGUGAACGUCUCGCCGUUCUUCAGCAGCUUCGCCUGCUCAACGUGUUCGUUGUCGCUUCUAUCAAUGUUGGGAAACUUGCAAAGAAUCAACCAUCUCAAUCGCGCAUUACUGCGUGGCACAAACAAACAGGCUCAUUUUUCGAUCCAUUUGAUGCCAUGGAAGAAUUGACUCAUAAACAAAUGGAGUGUCCUCGGUGUCGGACCCGUGUCUUCGUUCCGUUUGUUAACGAUAAUGGAACUGGGUACUCAGAGCAGCAGUUUAGUGCUAUAUGUCCCCUCCCGGGAUGUAGACUGAAGAUAACAAAGGGGAAUCUAGCCGUGGCAAAGUUCGUGCGAGAUCUCACAGAGUCAGAAGAUGGGAACGAGAAUUAUAUGGCCGGAAGUUUGUUCUUUGGAAACGGAAAGCGAGAUCCCCGACGGGCGAAGGCAAUAAAAGAUCAACUCACGCGGUCAUCACAGUUCUGUCGCAAGAGUUCUUCGUCUUCUAACCAGCGCAUUGCUCGACUGGACUGGGAGAAAGAAAUCAAGGAAAGCAUUGGCUACUCCUGGCCACUGUUAAGAGACGCUAUAGCAAUAGCUCUAAGAGACCAACCAGAGGCGACGAGGACCACAAUUUUGAGCGCGUAUGAAGAUGACAGUCCAUUCUCUAUCAACCUCAUUUCCGCGGUGUUGCGACAGGGUAUAUUUACUAAAAGGAUAAAUGAAUUAGGCUGGCUUAGACCUGGCGCAUUCAAGGACAGCGAUAAGUUACAAGUCCUGGAACAUGCUCUGCUUCGUUACCACUGCUUCCUCGAUCUAGCAGCAGCCUCACCGAAUCUGAUGCCUGUUCCUACUAUUGAUAUUGAUCUGAUUUGGCACAGCCAUCAGCUUAUGGGAGGCAGGUACGGUGUUGAUUGUGAAUUAUACAUUGACCGUCGUGUUGACCACCCACUUGCUACAGAAGAAGCCAUUCUUUCGAAAGCCCUUGAUAAUACUUGUCGUGCAUGGCAGUCGCGAUUUCACGUCCCAUACAUGCAGUGCGGAUGUCCUUCGCCAGACGAAACUGUAUUUGAGAGGCUUAUCCGCGUCCUCAGACAGUACACAGGAAGUCGAACGCGUCUUCAGGCGUCCCUCCAUCCUGACCAUAUACCCGCCACGCAUCCAAGCCUUCAUAAUGCUGUCCUCGACCCAGAACGUGGAGCCUUUGGAUCAUUCGGCAAACCUGCUCAUCCGCAACGAGACGAGAAAGACCUCGUCAGACUUUCUCGUCCAUUGGGGGUUCGGAAGAAGCGUUCGAAAAGGACUGAUCCGGAAUCUCCCCCGCAGUUGGAUGAGGGCUUUGUUGCUGAGAAGAUGACUGAGGAACCUGCGCCCCUCAGUCCCGCACCUCCAUAUGUCGGCCAUGGAUUUUAUGCAUGAUGUUUGACCCCGAUGUUCUGAUUAAUUACUUGAUUGAUGUAUGUUUAAUUUUACACGGAACUUUGAC